GGUUUUCGCCUAUUCGCUUCUUCACUAGAGAAGUAGUAGGUAAGGUCUAAGUUUAGCCCUAGGCCCAGCUGUUUUUCGCCGCUAAGUACUACUGCCUCGGCCUAUGUCUAAUCACUGAUUACUGUACUUGUUUGAACUAAUCACGGAGAGAGGGCGCCAGAGAUGUAAAUAAAACAAGGACACAAGCAUGGCCGACGACGUGUCAGAGAUCAUUGAUGAAAACACCUCCAAAUUAAUACUUGAGCGGUUAAAUGCUUUUGGAGAUAGUUUCCUUGAUGAUGAUUACAGAGAAAAAAAGAAAACAAUCAAAAAGAAAAACACCAAUGAAAUAAAUAAAAAUGGAAUGAAAAAGAAAAAGGGAAAAGUAAAUUCAAGAACAGAGGAAGUAACUGCUGACAGUGACAAUGUAAAUUCACAGAAAACCUACAAACUGUCGGAAUUUGAUAAAGAAAUUGAAAUUUUCAAACAAUCAGAAGACUUAAAAAAGGAAGAAAUGGAAUCAAAACGAAAAAGGAAAAAAAAGAAACCCAAGAAGGAAGUAGAAGUCGUUGUUUUCAAUGAUCCAUCAAAGAGGAAAAAGAAACAGGAAGAUGAGAAAAUUGUUGAUGAUUCCAGGGAUGGAAUUAUGAGUUUAAAAAAGGCUAAAAUUGAUGUUCAUCAAUUUGGUCUUGGUGGCUUUACAUAUGAAGAUAAAGAAAAGAUGGAAAUGCAGAGAGCUAUUAGACUUGGGGCACGGCCUCCAAAGAAAGAAUAUAUGAAUUAUAAGGAACUCAUUAAAAAGCAGAAAGAGCAACGAGAGGCUGAUGCCAAACAGAAGGAAAUUAACCGCAAGUUAGGCAUCAAAGUGAGCAAGAAACCAGAGAAGAUAGUCCUAAAGCACAAAGGUUUCUGGGUUGAUCCUACACAACAGCGAGGUGUUUAUAUUGAUGGACAAGUUGGCAAAUUUAGACGCGGUAUGCAGAUUGUUUCCAAGAAAGAUUUGAAAAUAAAAUCGAGUAAAUCAAAAACAUUUAAAAAGACAAGCAUUAAGUUAUGAUGCUUAUCCUUCAGACAAGAACAGACAGAUGGAAACUAACACAUUAGUGCAGUAUUGCAAGUUUUAAUAAUGCAUUUUCUUUUAACAUUUUUUUCAAGAAAAUAUAAAAUCAAGGUGUUAAAAAUUAUGUAUCACUAAUUAGUCUUCAUUGGAAUUUUUUGGGAAAUAAAUCUGAAGUAAAGAAUUUC